GGGAAUGGCUGUUCGAUGAUGGGUGGGUUGGGCUGCUUUGAGCGAACGGAGCGUUAAAGAGUUUUUAAUGUCCGCCAUGUUGGCCAUGGCGUACUGAACCACCGAUAGACAGGGAAGCCUCUGAAAAAAAGACCGAAAUAGAGCGAUCAAGAUCCGGGCCUUCCCGGCUCCGUUCGCGACGCCCUAACUUUAGCUUUAAUCAGUCGAACCGUAGAUGUCAGAAUAACCGCACAGAAUCAUCCAUGAAAGCUCAACUCGAAACCGAUGUGAAUUUAAGGAGAUCGGAUAGAUUUAUGUUGCAUCUCGAAUUUUAAAAAAUGAGUAAAUUGUCGUUUCGGGCACGGGCGCUGGACGCUUCCAAGCCACUACCCGUCUUCCGAUGUGAGGAUUUACCCGACCUGCACGAAUAUGCAUCUAUUAACCGGGCAGUGCCGCAAAUGCCGACGGGGAUGGAGAAAGAAGAGGAAUCGGAACACCAUCUCCAGAGAGCCAUGUCGGCCCAGUCAGUGUAUGGAGAGAAACACAACAUGGUCAUCCCCGUCCCGGAGGCAGACGGCAACAUCGCCUACUACGAGUCCCUCUACCCCGGGGAGUUCAAGAUGCCAAAGCAGCUUAUUCACAUACAGCCUUUCAGCCUGGACACGGAGCAGCCGGACUAUGACCUGGACACGGAGGAUGAGGCCUUUGUGAACAAGCUGAAGAAGAAGAUGGAGAUCACCUUCCUGCAGUUUGAGGAGAUGAUCGACCGACUGGAGAAAGGCAGUGGGCAGCAGGCGGUGAGCCUGCAGGAGGCCAAGCUGCUGCUGAAGGAGGAUGACGAGCUGAUCAAGGAGGUGUUUGACUACUGGACCAGGAAGAGGAAAAACAACCAGCACGACACUCUGCACCCCACUGUGAAGCAGGAGAAGAGGGACGGAUCCAGCACCUCAGACCCAUACGUGGCCUUCCGCAGGAGGACGGAGAAGAUGCAGACCAGAAAGAACCGUAAGAACGAGGAGGCUGGUUAUGAGAAGAUGCUGAAGCUGCGGAGGGACCUGAGCCGAGCCGUCACCAUCCUGGAGAUGAUCAAGAGGAGGGAGAAGAGCAAGAGAGAGCUGCUGCACCUCACCCUGGAGAUUGUAGAGAAGAGGAACGGCAUGUCCGACUUUGGUGGUGAGAUCAUGGCUGAAGUGCUGGCCCAGCGUGCACUGGACAAGCCUGCCCAUAUUAUCCCUCUGGUGCCGCUGACCAACAGCAACCAGUACAGACAUCAGGACCACAUGGAUCUCAAGGAGUACAAGUCCAAGCCGGAGAAGACCGAGGUCGUCAGGCAGAAGAGGAAGUAUGAGAAGAAGCCUAAAGUCUUACCCCUGUCAGCUGCUGCCCUCCACCACUCUGGUCCCUCUGUGUUCAAUGCUAAGGACGUCCACCAGUAUGACUUCCCCAGCUCAGACGACGAGCUGCACUCCCAGAUGCACUCAGGUUCCUCAGAAGCUGAGGAGGAGAACAACCCAGACGGUUCUUUUGCCUUCCGGAGGAAAGCAGGCUGUCAAUAUUAUGCUUCUCGGUUGGACCACGGGGGCAGCUGGCCGUGGGUCAGUCCGUCAGAGGGCGGCCUGGGAGAGACUCGUUACCGCUACUGCCUCACCACCCUCACCGUGCCACCACGCUGCCUGGGCAUGGCGCGACGACGCCUGGGACGAGGGGGCAGGCUUUUGCUGGACAGGGCGCACACAGACUUUGACAAUGUAUUUCAUGGGCUGGACUCGGAAAUGCUUGACCUGCCGCCCCACUCUCCAGUCACAGACAAGUUUGCUAGUACCUCACAAACAAAUACCUCGGACAGAACCUCUUCUUCUUAUUCAUCCUCUUCUGCGGACCUCAGUCAGAUACUGUUGAACAUUAAGUCGAGCCGAUGGCGGCACUUUAGGCCUCGGACACUACCACUACACGACGAGGACAACGUGGUCACAGACCCCUUAUUCAGGAGGCUGGGCAGGGGCCUGAGUCGCAUCACCUCUACCCUGGCUGGCAACACUGGCCCCCUGAGAGGGGCUGGUCCCCCGGCCCCCACAGCUGCUUUUACCGCCCAACAAUACCAGCAGCAUCAGGAGCAGCUGGCCUUGAUGCAGAAACAGCAGCUGGAGCAGAUCCAACAGCAACUGCAAGCCAACAGCACCACCACUACUACCAAUAGCACGCAGGUUUUGGUGUCCAAGAUGUUAGAUUGUGCCAGUGCCCAGUUUGCUGCCUCUGCCCUGGUGACCACAGACCAGCUUCUGGCCUUGAAGACCAAGGAUGAGGGUGGACCGGGCAGCGGGGUCAACGGGGUCCUUCCACCCUCAGGUGUCUACAAGGGCUUUCACCUCACUAGCACAGCAUCCCCGUUGCCUGCAGCCCCCACCUCCACCCCUAGCCCUCUGACCACCACUACCCCCUCCUUCCCCUUCCUGUUGCCCAGCAACAACGGCACCACCCACGCCAACUCCACCACCACUCAGGUCCUGAUGGGGAACAACAACAACCUCCGUCUGAGCAUGUCCUCCCCCGGGGGACUCCUCACCAAGCGCCACAUACCCCGGACGCUAAGCCACGCUCCCGUGUCGUCAUCUGCCUUAAAGCUGGCUGCCACCGCUAACUGUCAAAUGCCUAAGGUCUCCACAAUCACCCCGUCAAUGGACCUGGUGUCAAGGGAAAAUCAGGAUCAAGAAAAGCCAGCACUAAACAGCAUUUCGGACAACACAGUGGCUAUGGAGGUCACGUGACCUCGGAACACGGACAGGACUGUGGGCUCACCCGGGAACUCAUUUAGGUGCUAUGCAUCGUAGAGUUGUGAAUGCAAGGAAGGGGUAGUGGAAUGCGCACACAGCAUACAACGCUGUCUCCAUAGUGACGGUUGGGACUUAAUUGCAAUGGUCGUCUCGUACUUUUUUCAUUUCCUAUUUGUUACUGUUACUGUUGAUAAGAAAUAUCAACAUCUGUAAUUAUGAAUAUGGCAAUUAUAUGUACAAUACCAGAUAUUUGUAAUCCCCCCCUUGUAUAUAAUGUUACUUGAAUACGGAAAUUGUUCAUUUGAUGUUUUGCACUUGGGAUUAAAAAAAAAAAAUGAAAAGACAAACUGCAACUGGUUCGGGUGUGAGUUGUACAACAGUGUCAUCAUCACGUCAGUGCAUGGUGUGAAACCUGCUGUUUUAUCUAUUUAUUGUGCCGUGUUUACAGUUCUUUUUCUUCUACGUUUUGUUAGUUUUUUUAAUGUUUUUUUUUGUCCACUGUACCCUCAUUGGUUCCCGUGCUGUAGUCUGGGUUUAGGUAGCUAUGAACUUCUCUGUAUUUUAUAUAUCUAUAUUGUGAACAUAACCAGGGGGUCCUCACUUUAAGAUUCCUGGCUGUUGGUUCAUUGUAUCAUGUAGAAACAAAUGGUGACAUGCAUUCAUACAGAGUCGGUGGCUGUGGAUUUAAGGCAUCGGUUUGUCAGUCAGAGGGUAAUCACUUAAGAUCUUCCAUUUUUAAAUUGUUCAUGAGACAAAGUAACACAAAGUCCUAGAAGUCACUGCUGCUUCUGACUUUUAUCUAAGCACUAUUUUUGUUUUCGAUGAAUGCUGCUUUUAUAUGAUUUAGGUCUCUGGUUUGUUUUCACAUCAGUACCUUUUUUUUAAGACCCCUUCCCCAAUUAUUUUGUGAAAAAUGUAAUUUUUUGUAUCCCCUUUCCAUUUUUGAUGAUGAUGAUUGUAUGUUCCUCAUUGAAAGACUUUAUUAUUUUGUUACUUGUUGAUGAAAUGCGAUCGGGUAGAGGAAUGUAGUAACAUCUUGAUUACAUGUAUCAUUCCAGUUUAUACAUAACAGAAGAAAACAUGUAUAAAAAGGCAGAUUUCUUUGCUUUUAGAAUAAUAAUUCUCCAGAACGCUGCGAGGCCAAGAUGAACCACAAGUAUCGGGUGCCUUCCUUUGGAAAUAGGAGCUCUCUUCUGUGAAGAGUACGGUACUAAACAAGGCUACUAGUUAGUUGUUGUUGUACCACCAAUAUGAAUGCCCAUUCCAAUGGCAUAAUUUAUCAAUUUUGUUUUUUCUAUCCACAAAAUGAAAAAUUAUCUUCUCACAAAAAAUAAAACCCAGGGCAUUAUGUGUUUGGA